GUAUAAAUUGACUUGACUGCCUUCUCAUCUUAUAAUCGCAUCUCUCUCCUCUUUCUCUCUCCAAAUUCCAAAACCCCCAAAUUUUAGAUUUCGCAGAAACACAAAAAUGGAUGCAAUUGAUUCCGUAAUCGAUCCUCUCAGAGACUUUGCCAAGGACAGUGUUCGCCUCGUCAAGAGGUGCCACAAGCCCGAUCGCAAAGAAUUCUCCAAAGUGGCGCUCCGUACCGCGAUCGGCUUCGUCGUCAUGGGAUUCGUCGGUUUCUUCGUCAAACUGAUAUUCAUCCCUAUCAACAACAUCAUCGUUGGCUCAGCUUAGGUUUUUGUUGUUACUACAGUGAGGCCGUAUUUGGUGCAAACUUGGAUUCACAGAGGAUUGCAUAGGGUUUAGUUUCUUUUCUGUUUAUUUAGUCAAAUUUAAACACUUUGGAUUUUACAUGAAAGAAUCCAUAGAAAUUCAAACUUUUUUGUUUUGAUAAUAUCAGUAAUAUGUCAUUCAAAUUUUUAGUUGA